GUUUCGAAAUCGACACCGUCAAAAUCAAACCCUCGAAUUCGACCUCCCACCAAUCUAAAACCCUCCCUUUCCUCUCACUCCCAUCGAUCGCUCUCCGAUCCGCCUCCUCCUCCACCGGCGCCGCCGAUCUUCCGUCGGCCCUCCCGGCCUUCUCUCCUCGGUCGCCUCCCUCGCGCCGCCUGCUCCCGGAAGUGCAGCGAAGGAGAAGGUGGCGAGCGGCCAUGGAAACCCUAAUGGUGGAUCGCGUCCAGAACAGCCUUCGCUUCUUCAUGCAUCGCAACGCCAUCUUCCUCUGCGAGCGUCUCUGCGCCGAGUUCCCUACUGAGAUCAAUUUGCAGCUCCUGGCAACUUGUUACUUGCAAAAUGGAAAAGCAUAUUGUGCCUACCAAAUACUCAAAGGCACAAGCAUGCCACAUUCCCGCUACUUGUUUGCAAUGUCAUGUUUCCAGAUGAAUCUUCUACAAGAAGCUGAAGCAGCACUAUGCCCAGCUAAUGAACCAAAUGUUGAGGUUCCAGAUGGAGCAGCUGGUCAUUACCUUCUUGGACUUAUAUAUAGGUACAUGGGCAGACAAGCCCUUGCUAUUGAACACUUAAUGCAGGCUUUGACUUUAGAUCCUCUACUGUGGGCUGCGUAUGAUGAACUGUGUGUUCUGGGUGCCAUAGAAGAGGCAAAUGAUUACUUUAGUGAUAUGGCUGCUCAACGCAUUCAGCAGCAAUAUUUAUCUGAGUCAAGUUCACUUAACUCAAGCAAUGGCAGUGAAUUCUAUAACCUAUCUUCUAAUAUGGCAGUGACUUCUGUGGAUUCAAUUCCAAGGCAAUCAAAGCAACUCGGAAACAAUACAAGAGAGAUAGCCUCUCUUCCACUAAGUGUAAUGAUUGCAAAAGUGCCGGCCAGUAACAGUGGGUCUUCAAAUUUUUCACAAUAUAUCACUCCUCCAGCAGCAACACAGCUCUCUGGAGUAGCUCCUCCACCUCUUUGUCGUAAUAUGCAUGUCUCCUUCAAUGUAGCCAACAAUGAUGUUUCUACAAAGUUGAAUAAUAUAGCAGUUCAAGCACCUAGGAGGAAAGUGUUGGAUGAGGGGAAACUACGAAAGGUUUCAGGGAGAUUGUUUUCUGAUUCUGUACCAAGACGUAGUACAAGACUGUCAGCUGAAGCAAUAGCUGUUGCGAGUUCAAAUAGACUGUCAGCUGAAGCAAUAGCUGUUGCGAGUUCAAAUGCUACUCAAGUAAUAGGAAAUGGAAAUGGUCACACUUCUACCAAGUUCCUUGGAGGAUUUUCUUCAUCAUCAUCAUCAAAAGUGAAUGCAGCAUCGUCACGAUCUUUGACAUUUAGGAAAGGACAUUCUUGGAUCUCUGAAAAUUUUGAUGAAGGGAGACGAUCAGAGGCUUUUGAUGAUUCCCGGAUGGAGAAUAUGGCAACAACUUCCUCUUCUACAUCAAUGUCAGGUGAUAGUAGAUACCUUGAGCAGGGUAAGGCAAUUGGAGACUUGGCACAAGAUUCGAGAUUGAUUAAUGGUGCUCAGGAACUGUUAUGCUUACUGAGAACUCUUGGAGAAGGCUACCGGCUUUCCUGUUCAUAUAGGUGUCAGGAAGCACUGGAUGCUUACCUGAAACUUUCAGAAAAGCAAUUCAAUACUGGAUGGGUGCUAUCCCAGGUUGGAAAAAUUCAUUUCGAACUAGUCAAUUAUUUUGAAGCAGAUCACUUCUUUGAUUUAGCACGCCGAGUGUCACCAUCCAUACUGGAGUCAAUGGAUAUUUAUUCAACAGUUCUUUAUCAUAUGAAGGAGGAAAUGAAAUUGAGUUACCUUGCUAAAGAGCUUCUAUCAGUUGACAGAUUAUCUCCUCAAGCUUGGUGUGCAUUGGGCAAUUGCUAUAGCUUGCAGAAAGAUCAUGAGACUGCACUGAAAAAUUUCCAACGUGCAGUGCAACUCGACUCAAGAUUUGUGUAUGCUCACACUCUUUGUGGCCAUGAGUAUGUUGAGUUGGAGGAUUUUGAGAAUGGAAUAAAAUGCUACCAAAGUGCACUUCAAAUAGACCAGAGGCAUUAUAAUUCUUGGUAUGGACUUGGAGUGGUAUACCUACGGCAGGAGAAGUUUAAGUUCGCUGAACAUCACCUCCAUAAAGCUUACAAUAUAAAUCCACGAUCUUCAGUUCUCAUGUGUUAUCUUGGGAUGACACAACAUGCAUUGCAGAGAAAUGAAGAUGCAUUGGAAAUGAUCGAAAGGGCAAUAUCUGCUGACAAGCAGAAUCCACUUCCUGUUUACCAGAAAGCCAUUAUACUAGUCAGUCUUGAAUGCUAUGAUGAGGCCUUGAAUGAGUUGGAGCAGCUCAAGGAGAGUGCACCUCAUGAAAGUUGUGUGUAUGCAUUGAUGGGUAAGAUCUAUAAACGAUUUGAAAUGCAUGAAAAGGCAAUGUUAUGCUUUGGCCUUGCCUUGGAUUUAAAGCCUCCUGCUGCUGAUGUCGCCACCAUUAAGGCUGCAAUGGAGAAGCUAUAUCUUCCCGACGAAAUGGAUGACACCCUUUAAUUUAACAUGCUCUCAACCAUAUACUUCCACUUGGGCAUCACCUCCAGAUGGUGCUCUCGAGCUGCAAGCAAACUGUUGCCCGACUCAGCGCCUCAAGCUCGCACCUUUUUCGUGAUUGUACACUAUAGUUUUGUGGGCUCUUAGGCAUUCGUGAAAGACCAAGAGAUGAAUAUCUGAGAAUUCUUUGUAGAGAAGCAACGGUAUCACAAAGUCCAGCCUGAAAUGAAGAGCAAAUGAGAUGCUUGUAGAAUUAUUCAUUUACAAAGGAUAAAAAAAUACCAUCGUCAUUUUAGAGCACAAACUUAAAGCGGAUCAGCAGAUCAAUGUUGUAAUCAUUGAAUGGCUUUUGUUCACUAGUAAAGAAAUCUGCCAUUAACUCAAAAUGGGACCUUUGCUUUGUACACUACAUUUUUCACACUGAAUUUGUUGAUCUUAUUGAAGCCUAUAA